AGAAGUCCGGAAUCGAUAGGUCGAUUUCAAGGAGCUUUGCAGAGUGAUUUCGGAUAUCACGGACCGAGUGUGACCAUUCUCGUAAUUUCGGGACAAUUUAAAAAAAAAAUGACUCUUCUUGGGCACGCGCUGCGAACCGCCAUGUUCUGCCUGGCCGUCAUCGAAACGCGUACCGUCACUGUUCCAGGCAAGCCGAUGGUCUUGAACCAGGCCUCGAUGGACGUGGGGAACAUCAUUUCCGUGGUCAUCCCAGAAAAUCCAGAGGACACCAUAAACGUGGACAAGUUGACCCAAGAUUUCCGGAGACAGCUGGAAAGGAUCAGGAAGGUGAACCGAGCGUCGAAGGUGGAGCAGAGCUUGUCGACCCUGAAGGGGGUUUUGCCGGAACUCUCGUUCGAGGAGAAGCGCAAAACCCUUCCAGUACUCCGCAAAGUUCUGCGACCUCGGGUAAAAACCGCGAAUCACUAUUCUAGAACCGCACAAGGAGCAAGAAGUUCGAAAACUCAGGGGGGUCGCAACUCCCAGAUGAACGAGAACGGUAAGAAUGGGUUCUCCAGCCCCAACGAGCUGGUCCAUCGGGCCUAUGGGGUGAAAAGGGACAUGGGGACCCUGAUAGAGAAUAGGACAGACCUUGGGGAAGACGCGAAACUUAACGACGUGGAGACCGAACAGUUGAUGCCCUACUACAGGGUGAAGAGCCAUCACAGACCGAUCGUGGGAUCAAGGAUGAACAAUUGCACACCGCGAGCGGUUGCCAUUGGACGAUUGGCCUCUUAUGUAAAUUCGGGAAAAGGCUACGGGAUGCCCGAGACCUCCAACAUCUGCAGCUUUAAGCUGAGCAGCAAAUCCCAGCACGGCAACCCGAAUCUGAUGGCCCCGGUCGACGACAAGGAUCCUCUGGUCGAAGGCAACGAGAUGCAAGAUUUUUCAAGACCUGGAAAAAUCCAGUCCACACCAGCAGCUCUCUGCAGACACACGAAACGGAAACGCAUGCACCCUGAUCUUGUGGACCAGUCGAGGUACUCUCAGAGGAUGGCCGACUUCAAGAACGUUAAGCUCUUCCAAGUGGUCAACAAGCCAUACGGUCAGGUGCACAGAAAUCUCACUCCAGAAGUGGAGGAAGUCGUAGUUGGUAGCGAUUUUCUGAAGAAGAUUAUCGGGGAUAUCAAAGACGGUGGGAUCCUCGAGGAGAUCUUGAAGAGGGUGAAGAUGUCGAAAUACAGGGAGUCGGGGAAGAGGUCCGAUCACGAGGAUGCCGGUAGGUCGGAUGCCGAAGAGGUGAAGUUGACCCAGGAGAAGGACUUGUACAAGAGUCGUCGGUUCUCGGAUGACCGUAGAUCCUCGUUGGCAUCGGAUGCUGCGGAUCCGUUCCCUGCCACCAGGAAAGUGGCCAGAACGAUCGUUGGCGAUCAGCCUGGUCAGUCUAGAGCUCUCCAAGAUUUUCCUUCCAAUUGUUCGAGAGGGCUGGACGGUCAAUUGGACUGUAAAGAUAUGGUAGACCACAUUGAGGAGAGAAAUGGACCCUUCGACGAGGUUCCCGAAGAAGUCGGAUUCGGGAACAAUGGCAGCGUUCUUGAUCGGGCUCCGGAUCGCAAGACGCUGCUGGAUGUCGCGGAUUUCUAUGGCUACGUCGCGGAGAAGAUGAAGAACCGCGACUUGGAUUCGACUUUGAGGAAGCCCGAGAUGAAGACCAGCAGAGGGUGCAAAAGAAGGGCGCGACGAUCCGCUGAAAAAUUGGCGAAAAAUUCAGAUCAAGAGAAGACGAAGAGCUCCACCAGGCUUGCGAAGCUCCGCAAAGCAUUCAGUUUCCCGUUUAAAAAAUCCCUCUUCAAGAAGAAGGACUUCAAACUGGCUGCUGAUUCAGGAAAGUCCACUGACAGGUCGGGUAGACCUGGGGCCUCGUUCCUCGAAAAAUCCAAGAAAAGUCGGAAACGGAGAUCCAGCGAUUUUCGUCCGAACAAUACGAAGUCGAAUGAAUUGCUCAACCCCGUUAAUGCAAUUAAUUAUUCACUAUCUUUUCUCCCGAAAAAUAAUACUACGAACAUUUCUGUGCUUGCUACAGCCGAGGCAAUAAAUAAUUCGAGCAUCAUUGGAAACGUUUCCAUGGAUGUUGUAAAGCCAGCGAUGACAUUCAAUGACAGUUAUCUUGGAAAAAAGUUCGAAGAGCCGUCGAUGGACGCCAUCACAAAUUUUUCCGAUUCUGAUUUUCCAUUUCCGUGGAAUGAUUCCUUCAGAAGGGAUUAUUUUAAAAAUUUCCAGGACUCGCGCGGUUUUCAUUUUCCCUCUUUUAAAAAUGGCUCGACUUUCGGUACUGUCGAGGACUCCUCGAUGACGGAAAACUUCGAAUUUCCGACUCAAUUCUUCAAAGAAUUUGGAUCUUGGGUCGCGAAUUUAGUUAAUUCUAAACGGAAGUCUGGAGAGACCGUCUCGAUACAUUUCGAUGUCAAUGUCACUGACGGAAAAUCCAGGGGGAGAAUAUCAAACACAAAACACGUCGACAACUCCAGUCCCUUAUCGUCAUCGAAUUUUAUGAACUCUGAUCCAAUUUUUAAUGACAGAGAAUUUAUACCCCGACUGCCAUUUGACCCGCCAAGUGACGCCAUUUACACCUCGAAUUUAAAUUCUUGGGGUUCUCCAAUUAAUUUAUCACCAACAUUUCACGACAAUCCAAGGAACUCCGACGCUUGGAGUUAUGUGCCCCACAGAAUGACACCAAUUGGGAAUAUAUUUAAAUCAUUAUUCAACAAUAAUAAACCAAUCUCAAGAGAUUUCAGUUUUCCAUCAAUCGACGUUCCCUCCGAUGUUGCUACUAAACAUAAAAAAUUAUCUGGCAUUGUUGGAACACCCGCAAAAAUCGCGGACAAUUUUACAGGAUUGACGAUUUUUCACAACACUUCGGGGGUUUUAUUGAGUCAGAGAGAUUUACGUAAUAAUGACAGUACCGGAAACGUUCUUAAUUUGACACUGCUUGGGAGUAACAAUAAUACUACUGAUAGAGGUAUGGAGAAAAAUAACAGCGGAAUAAAUAGUAAUUUAGGAAUAAAUUACAAUAUUUCGAGGAUCAAUAACGAGAAAAUGACAGAAAAUAUUACAACAAGCGAAAACAUAACGAAAGGUGUAAUGAAAACCGAUAACUCGAGUAUAUUUCAUGGUACUUCUAUAAGUGAUAAUGAGAGGGUAGAAGGGAACUCAACAGGAAGUACUCGCUUAGGAAUAAGCGGUAACGUAACGAGGGAUGAUAACUUAAUGACAGCUGACAACACGACUAGAAGCGACAAUGCGAUAAAACCGGACGUGGCAUCGAGUGACGGUUUGUCGAUUAACGAGACCGCGGCAUCGAGAAAUGGCUCUAUAGAAAAUGAUAAUGUAAAUGAUAACGCUACGAAACAUGAAAAUACACCCAGGAGCAAUAAUUUGACAACUGCGAAUGGAGAAACAAAUAACGAGAGAAAUGAAAACGCAACGAAAAUCGACAAUUCAACGAUUAUCAGCAUCGGGACAAGACGUGACACUGAAAUAAAAGGAAACGUAACAAGAAUGGACAACCUAACGAAAAUCGAUAACUCAGAGGCGAAUGGAAAUUUCUCUAAAAGUGACAGUGCAAUCAUCGGCGUUAAAAGUCAUUCGAAAGAGAUCGCCGAUUACAUCCGGAAGCUCGUGUCAAAAAUGUACGCGAAUGCCGAACGAGCUUCAGAAGACAAUUCCAGUGGAACGAUUCAUCAACCCAUCUAUAGCUUGUCGAGGGAGGAAAUUUCGAAGGGGAUAAACGAAACCCUUUUCCCCCUUCUCGAUGCCCUGAAGCACUCGCGCGGGAAUUCUAGCUCGUGAUUUUUUGCCUAUCCGUACCAAUUUUAAGGAUGGUGGUCCUGUAAAAUUUCAAGCAACCCUUGUGAUUAUUACCUAACGUUUUUGUAUGUGCCAUGUAUCUCGAGAAAUAAAAAUAAAUGUGAAGUAUCCCUUCG